CCGACAUUCAUGACUGACAUCACCUCAACUCCAUCUCCAUCAAUCCUGAGGACUGCAACAUACUAUCAUAAACCCAAUCACAACCCAAAAUGGCCUCGAUACAAUCCAUCCGACGUCCCCUAACAGGGCUCGCUUCCCGCACCGCAAAGCAAAUCUCCGCUCCGGCCACAAUCAGAUCAUCAUUCCGCACCGUCCCGGAAAUAACUCGAGCCUUCGGAACAGCACCAUCGCCAUGUCUCGCUCGUGGAAUUCCCUCCGUACGCCGCAUGAAGCUGGCUCCAGUGCAACAGAGCUUCCGCCGAUGGAAAAGCGACGGUGAACCAUCCUUCAGACAAUGGGGGUUUGAAGAUAUCAACGCCUCCCUCCCGGCCUCACCCGGAACAAAACCCCAAAAGAACCUCAUCCUCGUUGACGUGCGCGAGCCCGCCGAGUUGAGCUCGACGGGUAUCAUCCCGUCCGCUGUCUCCGUGCCGCUUGCGUCGCAGCCGGAUGCGUUCUUCCUCACACCGGAGGAGUUCGAGACGAGGUUUGGAUACCCCAAGCCUGGGGCUGGCGAAGAGGGUGAUAUUGUGUUUUAUUGUAAGGCUGGGGUGAGGGCCAAGGCUGCGGCACAGUUGGCUGUGCAGGCUGGGUAUGAUGCUGAGAGGAUUGGGGUUUAUGACGGGAGUUGGUUGGAUUGGGCGGAUAGGGGCGGUAGGGUUGAGAGAUGGGAUGGGGAGUCGGAGUAAUUUCGUCUUUUUCUUUUCGUCUCUCCUCUCUUUUCGUUUCUUCUGUUCUGGGCCUUUCGGGGGAGGGGUUUGGGAAGGUCAAGGGUGGUUGUAUAUAUUGUAUUAGAUGGGUAGGCUAUGGUUAUCUUGGACGAUGGGAGAAUAUGGGUUAUUGGAACAGUGAGGUCGUUGUAAAGACCGCCUAUAUUAAUCACAUGUGGUAGAAGUCAAAAGAAAUCCAAUGCAUUGAACUAAAUCGCAAGUAUCAUUAACAAGCAUAACUAU